GUACUGGAUUCCUAGUUCUGCCUUGCGUUGUUCUGCCUAAACAAAGGCUGAUGUAGUCCACAGCUGUCAUGCCAAGCUAGGAGAAUGGGACCAGUGAAGGAAGGCUGCAUGGAGGAAGCUUCAUCUCUGAUGGGAAUGGGAGGCUUCCGAAGUAGAGCACUUGGGACUCAGACUGGAGGCCAGGGGAGGCCGGGUCCAGUUGGGAGGGAAGAAUUGGAGAAUGCCUUUGCGUCCCAGGAUAGGUUUCUGGCGUGGGGUUAGGGAGGCACUCAAACUUGCACGUGGUUGGGGAGAGGUAUAGAAAGUGGAACUGAGCAUGCGUGGGAGGAGGUAUUGCAGACCCCAGAAGAGGAGGAAGGCAGGACCUAGUAUUCUCCGUGUACCUGAAAUUCCCCCACUCUGUGGCACCUGACCCGCCCGCGCUUCGGUCAGGGCUUGGUCAGCACCAGGGACAGCUCCCGCCCUGUUCUCCCUUUGCAGGGUUCCUUCCCUUAUUGUCAGUCACAGUUCCCCCCGGGCUGCCUCUCAGGCGCCCCAGCCAUCUCCUCAGUAAGACCAGAGGAACACAUCUCGGUUCUCCCCACUCCUUUCCGUGAGCCUGAGUCUCCUUAGAAGUGAUAGAACUGGUUACUUUUAGAGUCAUCCCCUUCCCCUGCUCUUUUCCCAAACUUUACACAAAUUCUGUGUCCAUUCUUCAUCUCGCUCAAUCUCUUCCCAUGCCAGCCUUUCAUGUGCCACCCCCUGAGGCCACUCUGUCCCCUGUACCCCAUUCUCACCUUACUCUUGAUUUCCCACUUAGUUCUCUUCCCCUACGACAUCCUAUCCCGUGUCUUCUCCCUCCUCUUCUCCCCCUCCCCCAUGACCAGUGCAGAGCAGUACGCUAGGAAAAUGAGAAGUCAAAAGGCCCAGCUUCUGAAAUCAGACCUGGGUUUGUGCCAGACUUGCUGUGUCUUACUGGACACGUGGUUAGCUUCUUUGAACCUUGGUUUCCUCACCUAUAAACUGGGACAAUUCUUGCUCCAAAGACUGUAAACUCUAAGAAUAUACUGCCUGGUGAACAGUAAGUGGUCAAUGUUUGCUUGAUUGACUGACUGUGGGAUAAUAGCAAUACUUUCAGUGCACAUGAUAUGUGAAGGACUACUUUGUGAGGUUUUAUGUCUAAAUUGUUUUGACUCAGCAAUCCAAUUAGGAAUACUAUUGCUACAAGCCCCAUUCUGCAGGUAAGGAAACAGCCAUGGAGACAACAGAGCGGCUGAAACUGAAGUAGUUAUUUUCGGGGAGCGGGUAUUUCUGAGGGCACACAGCAGGCCCAACCUGAAAACUCCCAGCUCCUGGGGAGGAGGGCCGGGGGAACUACAACACCCAUAAGGCCCCGCGCCUCCUCCUGAAGCAUUUCCGAUUAGCUUUGGGCUCUGAGGCCAGCCAUUGGUUAUGAGCCGUUUGGUGGCGAGGAUUGAAGGGUGGGAGCCGUGCUGGUUAACAAUUGGUACAAUUACUAUCAGGCCUGCCUUACAAACCCGGAAGUAGUAGCUGCGGUUGGCUCACGUGUCGUGAGGAUCUGGGACUUUGGGUGUGUGGAGGGGAUGGUCCACGGGUUGUGGACUGACUGAUCCUUAACUCCUCGCCCUCACCAAACAACUCUGACCCAUUGAGGGCUGGUUUUGAGGACGCGGGGACCGAGGGAGGUCCCCGCUGCCUCCUGCCAACCUAAGCUGUGCCUCAUGGAGUCUACAUUCAGCAGUCCCGCAGAGGCGGCGCUGCAGCGGGAAGCGGGGGCCGCGGGGCUGCUCACUCCUCUUGAGGAUCUGGACCGAGUAUACGAACUGCAGCGAGUUGUGGGAUUUGUCCGCGACCUCGGGUGUCAACGGGUGGCCUUGCAGUUCCCUGACCAGCUAUUGGGAGAUGCUGGGGUUGUGGCUGCACGACUGGAGGAGUCCUCGGGGUUGAAGAUGUUCAUUCUGGGGGACACGGCCUAUGGCAGCUGCUGUGUGGAUGUGCUGGGUGCUGACCAAGCUGGAGCUCAGGCCCUCGUACAUUUUGGCCCUGCCUGCUUAAGCCCCCCAGCCCGCCCGCUGCCGGUGGCCUUCGUCUUUGGUCAGCGUUCCGUGGCCUUGGAGCUCUGCGCCAAAGCCUUUGAGGCCCAGAACCCAGACCCGACAGCUCCAGUGGUGCUGCUGAGUGAGCCGGCCUGCGCCCAUGCCCUGGAGGCAUUGGCCACUCUGUUGCGCCCACGGUACCUGGACCUGCUCGUCUCCAGCCCUGCUCUUCCCCUGCCGGACGGCUCCCUCAAUUCAGAGCCUGAACCCCUGGAGCGUUUUGGGCGUCGCUUCCCCCUGGCCCCAGGGAGGUGUCUGGAAGAGUAUGGUGCUUUCUAUGUGGGAGGCUCUGGGGCCAGCUGUGACCCUGACCUCGACCCUGACCUGAGCCGGCUGCUCUUGGGUUGGACACCAGAACGACCCUUCUUCUCCUGCUGCCCAGACACUGGGAGGACUCGUGAUGAAGGUGCCCGGGCUGGGCGGCUAAGGGCACGCAGACGAUACCUGGUAGAGAGGGCCAGAGAUGCUCACGUGGUGGGGCUGCUGGUGGGCACCCUGGGAGUGGCCCAACACCAGGAGGCACUGGCGCACUUGCGGAACCUGACACGGGCUGCCGGCAAGCGCAGCUAUGUGUUAGCUCUGGGGCGGCCCACACCUCCCAAGCUUGCUAACUUCCCUGAGGUGGAUGUCUUUGUGCUGUUGGCCUGUCCUCUUGGUGCCCUGGCUCCCCAGCCUUCUAGUGGUUUCUUCCGGCCUGUCUUGUCACCGUGUGAGUUGGAGGCCGCCUGCAACCCUGCCUGGCCAUCUCCGGGCCUGGCUCCCUACCUCACGCACUACGCUGACUUAUUGCCAGGCUCUCCCUUCCAUGUGCCUCUCCCACCACCUGAAUCGGAACUGUGGGACACCCCAGAUGUGUCACUCAUUACUGGGGAGCUCCGACCCCCACCUGCCUGGAAGUCAUCAAAUGAUCCUGCAUGCUCCACCCUGACCCCGAGACCUCAGCUGGAGCUGGUUGAGAGUAGCCCAGCAGCCUCAUUCCUUUGUUCGCGGAGCUGGCAAGGGCUGCAGCCUCAACUGGGUCAGACACCAGUGACAGGAGCCGUGAGUGGAAGACGAGGCAUUGCCAUCGCCUAUGAGGAUGAGGGAAGCAGCUGAUACCAUGUGGGGCCAGAGGCACAGAUGGACUUAAGAACCACUGCUAACUGUUUUGGUCCUGGGCACUCAGGAGCUGCGGGCUGGGGUGCAAAUAUGGCCAAAUCUAGGAAGCACACUGUGCACAACCAGUCCUGAAAGUAGCGCGGAAAUGCCACCCAGAAACCCUGAUCACAAGGAUAUGAAUCUCUUAAGGGAGUAGGCCCCCAGUUCCAGAUGAACACGCACUUUGCCAAGAAGCACAACAAGAAGGGCCUGAAGAUGGUGCAGGUCAGCAGUGCCAAAGCCAGGAGCGCAUGUGCUAAGGCUGUUGAGGACCUUGUAAAGCCCAAGGAGGUCAAGCCCACGAGCCC